AUGAGGGCCUCUAUGCUCGCCGCCGUUUUUCUUCCCGCCGUCCUUGCCCACAACAUCAAGAUCCCUGCCGUUGAGAAGCUCGUCGAUGAGCAGCUCUCCUUGUUUGCCGACUAUGUCGACCUCAAUGGCACUGCCGGCCACGCCCUGAGCGCCGGCCAGGGCUCCGUCUUUUUCGAGUCGGCCGAUGUCCACGCCAAGCGCCAGUCGUCCAGUACCCCUUACUGGUACGAGUCCAUCAAGAAGCAGGGCAUCUCGGCCUUCAACACGUCUCCGUCGACCUACAAGGUCUUCCGCAACGUAAAGGACUAUGGUGCUCGUGGUGAUGGUGUCACGGAUGACACCGCCGCCAUCAACAAAGCCAUCAGUGACGGCAACCGCUGUGCCCCUGGCAGUUGCUCGUCCUCCAGCACCACCAAUGCCGUCGUCUACUUCCCUGCCGGAACCUAUGUCGUUUCGUCCUCAAUCGUCAGCUACUACUCCACCAACCUGAUCGGCAACCCGAACAACUUGCCCGUCCUCAAGGCCACCCCCAACUUCGUUGGCUUCGGUGUCAUUGAUGCCGCACAGUACCAGCCCGGUGGUGUGCUGCCGUACGGUGCCACCAACAUCUUCUGGCGCCAGGUCCGCAACUUUGUUAUCGACCUGACGGGAGUGCCGGCGACUGUCGAGGCCACUGGUAUCCACUGGCCAACCGCCCAGGCCACCAGUCUGCAGAACAUCGUCUUCAAGAUGUCGAGCAACACUGGCACCAAGCACCAGGGUGUUUUCAUCGAGGCCGGCUCCGGCGGCAUGCUCAACGAUCUCGUCUUCUACGGCGGUCUGAAUGCUGCCGUCUUUGGCAACCAGCAGUUCACCGUCCGCAACCUGACGUUCUACAACGCCGUCACCGCCAUCAACCAGAUCUGGGACUGGGGCUGGACUUACAAGAGCAUCUCCGUCAACAACUGCACUGUCGGUCUGAACAUGGCCACCACCGAUCCGAACGCCGAGGUCGUCGGCUCCGUCGUCUUCUUUGAUAGCUCCUUCACCAACACCAAGAUUGCCUUCAAGGUCUCGCGUACUCCCAACUCGUCUCCCAAGACUGGUGGCUCCCUUGCCAUUGAGAAUAUUGUGCUCCGCAAUGUCGACACGGCCAUCCAGUACGGACCCAGUCAGACCACCCUCCUCGCUGGUGGUACCCGCACCAUCACCAGCUGGGUCAGCGGAAGCCUGUACAACCCCACUGGUCCCCAGAUCCGUGAUGGUGUCCCAGUAUACACCCCCGUCCGUCCUGCCGGCCUCUUGCAGGCUGAUGGCAAGUACUACGAGCGCUCCAAGCCCCAGUACAACAACCUGCCCCUCACAUCUUUCCUUUCUGUCCGCGCCGCUGGAGCCAAAGGUGACGGCAAGACCGACGACACCGCUGCCAUCCAGGCGGUCCUGAACCAGGGUGCCCUGAACAACCAGGUCGUCUACUUUGAUGCCGGCACAUACAUUGUCACCAGCACAAUCUUCAUAUCCAAGCAGAGCAGGAUUGUGGGCGAGGCUUACCCUGUCAUCAUGUCCCGGGGUGCAUUCUUCAACGACAUGAACAACCCCCAGCCCGUCGUCAACGUCGGCAACCCCGGUGGUUUUGGCACCGUCGAGUGGAGUGACAUGAUUAUUUCGACACAGGGCCCCCAGGCUGGCGCCACCCUCAUCCAGUGGAACCUGGCUUCUCCUGCGGGAGCCCCCAGUGGCAUGUGGGAUGUUCACACCCGUGUCGGCGGCACGGUAGGCUCGGGCCUGACCCUUGCCGAAUGUGCCAAGACCCCGGAGUCUACCGCCAUCAACCGGAACUGCAUCUCUGCUUACAUGGGCAUGCACGUAACCAAGACAGCUUCCACCCUGUACAUGGAGAACGUGUGGCUCUGGGUUGCCGACCACGAUGUCGAUGACAAGGAUUUGCGCCAGAUCACCAUCUUCUCUGGUCGUGGUCUGCUCAUCGAGUCCACCAGUGGUAAUCUUUGGCUCGUCGGCACGAGCGUCGAGCACUUUGCCAGAUACCAGUACAACUUUGUUCGCACACAGAACAUCUUUGCCGGCCAGAUCCAGACCGAGACGCCAUACUACAUGCCGAACCCCAAUGCGUUCAACCAGCCUUUCCCGGCUGUCACCGCGCUCGACGAUCCUGGCUACGGCGGUCUUUGCCCGGCUGGCUCGCCCGCCACCUGCGCGGAGGCACUGGGCCUCAGAGUCAAUGCCUCCAAGAACAUUUUCAUCUACGGUGCUGGUCUCUAUUCCUUCUUCAACAACUACAGCACCACCUGCUCGGAGCGCGGCAACGCAAACCCGUGCCAGACUGCCAUGGUCCAGUACGACGAUACCACCAGCAACUUCUUCAUCUAUGCCCUCAACACCAUUGGCGCCUCGGGCAUGGUGUAUCGCCAGACGACCAAGAUUGCAAGCAACUCUGACAACGUCAACGUGUUCCCGAGCAGCAUCAUUGUCUUCCGCAGCGAUGUUGUGACUUCUUGA